AGGACAGUGGGCACAGUAUUAAAUUCACUUGCAAUGUAUUUAUAGACAUUAGAUGAAUAAGAAUCCUCAUUUUAAUUAGAUGUCGAUCAUUCUGAAUAAAAUCUUGGAACUUUUGUUUCGUCUCGUGCUCAUCUUGCUUGCACUUAUUUUGUUUGAAGUAACUGAUGUUCAUGCACAAGCUGGAUAUCCUCCUCCAGAUGAAGUGCAAGCUCUUCGUGAUAUAGCCAAAGAAGUGGGUAAACGGGACUGGAAUUUUAGCCUGAAUCCAUGCGGUAAUAAUUCCAAUUGGGUAACACCAAACCCGACCGAAACGUAUAACAACACUGUUCAGUGUAACUGCUCCUACCCUAGGGGUGUUUGUCACGUCAUCAAAAUAUUUCUCAAAGGGCAGGAUCUUGAUGGUGUUCUCCCCCCAUCCCUUGCAAAGUUACCUUACAUCAAAACCAUUGAUUUGACUCGUAAUUACCUAAAUGGCACCAUACCACCUGAAUGGGCUUCAACCAAUUUGGAGUACUUGUCUGUUACUGUGAACCGUUUGUCCGGAGUAAUUCCAGCAUAUUUGGGCAAUAUAACGUCACUUGUGUAUCUGAGUUUGGAGAGUAACAUGUUCUCUGGAACUGUCCCAGCUGAGCUUGGAAAACUAGGAAAUUUAGUAAAACUGAUCCUUAAUGCAAAUAAUCUCUCUGGGGAGUUACCAAUGGAGCUUAAUAAUCUAACCAAUUUGACCGAACUCCGAUUAAGUAGUAACAACUUCACUGGAAGAAUCCCUAGCCUUGAAAGCUGGAAACAGCUUAAUACUCUAGAGAUCCAUGGUAGUGGACUGGAAGGACCAAUUCCAGCAAGCCUUUCCCUCUUGAGCAAUUUGAAAGAACUAAGAAUCUCUGAUUUAAGUGGAGAAAGUUCAUUGUUUCCGAAUCUAAGUAGCAUGACGAACAUGGCAACGUUGAUCUUGAGAAGCUGUAAUAUAACAGGGAGAAUUCCUGAGUAUCUGCCACAUAUGUCCAAUUUAAAGCAUCUAGAUCUAAGUUUCAAUUAUUUAGAAGGUGGUAUACCAGAUCUUAGUGGACUAAACGAUCUACAAAAUAUGUAUGUCACUGGUAACUCCCUCAACGGCAGUGUUCCAAGUUGGCUUAAAGAUGGAUCAGGACGUUUUGUAGAUCUUUCCUAUAACAAGUUUAGCAGAGAAACUAUGAUUCCAUCUUGUAGUGAAUCAUUGAACUUGUUCAGAAGCUACAAAAGUGGGAAUGACUCAGAUCUUGCGAAGUGCUUUAAUGACUAUCCUUGUAAGAAGGACCAAAAAUCAAUUCAUAUCAAUUGUGGUGGGGUAGAAGCUAGGAUUGGGGAUAAGGUUUACGAAGCAGAUCAAGAACCAGCUGGACCUGCAAAAUUUCAUCCUUUAAGAGCUCACUGGGGAUUUAGUAGCACAGGAAAUAUAUUGGAGUCUAAGGAGCAUACACAUAUAGUAAAUAAUGUAUCUAGACUCACAAUGAAAGACGCUGAACUUUACACAGUGGCUCGCUUCUCUCCACUGUCUAUAACUUACUACGGUCGCUGCCUAGCAAAUGGAAGGUACACGGUGACUCUACAUUUUGCAGAGAUAGUUUUUAGGGAUAACAAAUCUUACCAUAGUCUGGGACGACGUGCUUUUGAUGUUUAUAUACAGGGUGCAAUUAACUUUAAGAAUUUGGAUAUUAAAAAUGAAGCAGGAGGGGUUGAUAAGGCACUAAUAAAAACAAUAAAAAAUAUUCAUGUAUCUAAUAAAACAUUAGAAAUUCGGUUUCAGUACGCUGGGAAGGGAACAACCGUAGUCCCAAGGAAAUGGGUAUAUGGACCUCUAAUAUCUGCCAUUUCAAUGGAGUUUGAGUCUAAGCCUGACAGAAGAAGUACAUUCAUAGUCAUUGGAGCUGUGGCUGCAGCGUUGUGCCUCAUUUUCAUAGCUGUUGGUAUUGCAAGGCAUGUGGCAUGGGGUCACAAAAGGGACCAAAUAUCACGAGAAAAAGAUUUAAGGGGACUGGAUCUGCAGACUGGCGUAUUUACAUAUAGACAGAUCAAAGCUGCAACCGACAACUUUGCUGAUCCAAAUAAACUUGGGGAGGGUGGUUUUGGACCUGUUUACAAGGGUACACUCAUAGAUGGAACUUUAAUUGCUGUGAAGAAACUCUCUUCUAAAUCAAGUCAAGGAAAUCGUGAAUUUGUGAACGAAAUAGGGAUGAUAGCCGGUAUUCAACACCCUAAUAUUGUAAGGCUAUAUGGAUGUUGUGUAGAAAGGAACCAACUACUUCUUGUUUACGAGUAUAUGGAGAAUAAUUCUCUAGCCCAUGCUCUAUUUGGGAUUGAUAAAGCUAAGAUGGAACUAGAUUUCCCAACAAGACAACGAAUAUGUGUUGGCAUUGCAAAAGGUUUGACAUUCCUGCACGAAGAGUCUGUGCUAAGAAUGAUCCAUAGGGACAUCAAGGCAACAAAUGUACUCCUAGACAGUGACCUUACUCCAAAGAUAUCAGAUUUUGGUUUCGCUAAGCUUGAUGAAGAUGAAUACACUCACAUUACAACCAGAGUUGCCGGAACUAUAGGGUACAUGGCCCCAGAAUAUGCAUUAAGGGGUCACUUAACCUACAAAGCAGAUGUAUAUAGUUUUGGGGUUCUUGCACUGGAAAUCGUUUCAGGAAGGAGUAAUAUGAAACAUCGGCCAACUGAAGAAUCUAUUUGUCUUGUUGAUUGGGUUGUUUCUCUAAAACAAAAGGGGAGUUUGAUGGACUUGGUGGAUCCAAGACUGGAUUCUGAUUUCAACAAAAAUGAAGCAUUGAGAAUGAUAGAGAUCGCUGUAUUAUGCAUCAACAAGUCCCCAGCUCAUAGGCCUACCAUGUCUGAAGUAGUAAAUAUGCUAGAAGGGAAUAUCGAAAUUAAGGAACCAGAUUUUAAUCUAAUUACAUCUGGUGAUGAGUUAAGGCUGCAAGCACUCAAUUUGAAGCUUGAUCAAGGAGAUACAUUCCCCCUACUCUAGUGAACAUGAGAUUUCCACUAAACCAUCAUCUUCUAUCUUGCAUGACCUGUAUCCUAAUAGUCAAAUUUAUUAAGAAAGUUGUUUCUGAUGGCUUCUUAAUUGGACCGAUGAUUGAAAUCAAGAUUGUUUAAACAAACAG